AUGAAGAAGGGCAAAGAAGUCGUAGAGAGACCAGUCCACCAGUUCACCCGGGAAAUCGGCGUAACUCCGGCUCCGACGCGGGCCGCUGGUCGGCAGGGAUGCAUUAGUCGUGUCAAUAAUAGUCAUGAAGGCGGACGGACCCAUCGCUUGCCUCGCCGCGCAAGCAAUGCAAGAGUAUCUGCGACUUCUGCUGCCUUCGACUGCGGCUGGUGGGCUCCACCGAACAUUCUUGGAUUCUUUCUGGGUGUUGAUGAUCGUCGCGUCUCCCCAACCAGACGCGGAUCCACUCCGCCGUCAUCUUCCGCUUCCCCAACACUGCAUUCCACAACUGUUAGUACUACUAUGUGA